GUGGAUGUGACGUCUGCAGAGACCUCAGCUCCAGAGCUGCGGCGCUUUUUCUGUGUUAUGAAAGGAUGGAGGGUGCCGUGUUGAGUAACUGCGAUGUGUGAAUGGGUUUACAUAAGUAGCUCCACGUGUAGUGUCCCUAAGGCCUUCUCUCCAAAUACACCGGACUGCUGAACUCUGUACAGUGCGAAACUGAAACGGACUGCGCGUCGGCAUUAUGGCUAAACAUAAAAAGAUAGCAGGUGUUGCCACUGAAAAGGACACAACAAAGAAACUGAAGCAGGUUGCGAAGAAGAGCAAAGCUCCAAAAGCUCCCAAAGCUCCCAAAACGCCGAAGACCAAAGGAAACAGCACUGGAGCCAAAAAUGUCACCAAGAGCUCAAAGCCCAGAGGCCGAGCAUCAAAAAAGGCAGACGAGCCCUCGGACGGGCUGACGAGUAAAUACUUCCAGGUCACAGAGCCAGUGAAGGAAGAGCCUGAGGACAUGAGUGAUCCCCGUGAGGACGUGGGUGUGACAUUUCCAGAGUGCACCACACCAAACGACAAGAUGAAAGAAGAGAAAGAAGUGGAGAAAGGAGAAGAGGAUGGCGAGAGUGAGGAGAGUGAUGAAGAUGAGUGGGAGGAAGUGGAAGAACUGGCCGGCCCCUUGGGACCUGUGGAUACUGAGCUAGAGCCUGCAGUCCCAUCUCAGCCAGUAGAGAUUGAGAUCGAGACAGCUGAGGCCAUGCACAAGAGACAGAGGAAGGAGAAGCGGAAAGCUGAAUUUGAGACUUACCUGCGCCGAAUGAUGAAGCGCUUUAACAAGGAGCUGCUGGAAGAUACACACAAGGUUCACCUGCUGUGUUUAUUGGCCGGUGGGCUGUUCCGGAACCACCUCUGCUGUGAGCCUGACCUGUUGGCCAUUGCACUGUCCUUACUGCCCGCUCACUUCACCAGUGUUGUUACAGAACGUAUCAACACAGGUUUCCUUGAGGGCCUUUUGAAGUGGUUUAGAGCAACGUUUACGCUAAACCCUGAGCUUCCUGAAGAAAAGGGUGUGGAACUGCGGGGGGUGCUGGAGAGACGUUUGGGGAGUCUGUCAGCACGUGAUCAUGAAGAGAUGACCUAUCUGUUCCUGCUGAUGCUACGGUCGCUGCAACUAUUCUGUCGAUUGGUGCUCUCAUUACAGCCUGUACCAUUCAAACAACCAACUAAAAAGAAUAAAACUCAAAGCUCCACCAGUCCUGCUGCUAAAGACAGUUCUGAUGAACCUGAUGAAAAGCCAGAAAAACCCAAAGUGUCUCCUGGGUCCAAACGAUCAUUCGGUGCCAACACUGGGACUAAGAGGCAGAAGGGAGGAAAGAGACAGAAAAAGAAUGAGAGUGAAGAAGAAGACAAAGAAAAAGAAGCAGCUGGGGGACAACGGCCAAAAAACACCAAAAGGAGGAGUGUUGCAUCGAAAGUGUCAUACAAAGAAGAGAGCAGUGAGGAGGAGGAAGCUAGUGGUGGAGAGGAGUUUCAGCUGACCAGUGAGGAAGAGAGUGAUGACUCAGAAGAUGGAGGUAAGAGGUCAAAAAGGAGUUCAAAGACUAAAGGAAAGGACAAAGGCAAGGCGCGGCGACGGUCAAGCGGGGUCAAAAAGGGUGCAAAGAAAGAAGAGGAGGAGGAUGAUGACUUCGAAGAAGAAGAACAUGAGGAAACAAAGCGUCGAGGGAGGCGCAGGCAGGGAAAAGGAGAUGACGAGUGGAUAGAGGUGUACCUUGAGGGGGCGAAGAGGUGGGUGUGUGUUGAUGUUAAUCAAGGAGUGGGCAAACCGCAGCUCUGCACCAAGCAGGCCACUCAGCCCAUUACAUACGUCGUGGGAGUGGACAGUGAGGGCUACCUAAAAGACCUGAGCACUAGGUAUGACCCCACCUGGCUUACGUCAUCACGGCGACGACGCAUCGACUCGGAGUGGUGGGAGGAGACUUUAGAUUUCUACGAGUGUCCAGAUUCUGAACGAGAGCAACAAGAGGACAAAGAGCUACGAGAUAAGUUGUUGGAUAAGCCACUGCCAACCUCCAUAUCCGAGUACAAAAACCACCCUCUGUAUGCGCUGGAGAGACACCUGCUGAAAUACGAGGCCCUGUACCCCCGCACUGCGGCCAUCCUGGGCUACUGCCGGGGAGAAGCUGUCUACUCACGGGAUUGUGUCCACACGCUGCAUUCCAGGGACACCUGGCUAAAGGAAGCACGCACUGUCCGGCUGGGGGAGGAGCCUUACAAGAUGGUAAAGGGCUUUUCAAACCGCUCACGCAAAGCCAGGAUGAUGUCUGAGCAGAAGGAUUACAAGGACCUGGCCCUGUUUGGCCACUGGCAGACUGAGGAGUACCAGCCUCCUCUAGCCAUCGAUGGCAGGGUUCCACGUAACGAGUUUGGAAACGUAUACAUGUUUAAACCAUGUAUGUUACCAGUGGGAUGUGUGCACCUGCGUCUGCCCAACCUGCACAGAGUGGCUCGCAAACUCAACCUGGACUGUGCUGCUGCGGUAACGGGCUUUGAUUACCAUGGAGGAUACGCUCACGCUGUCACUGACGGCUACAUUGUGUGCGAGGAACAUCAAGAAAUUCUGAAAGCUGGCUGGGAGAAUGAGCAAGAGAUACAGCAGAAAAAGGAACAAGAGAAGCGUGAGAAGCGAGCCUUGUCGAACUGGACACUGCUAGUGAAAGGCCUUCUAAUCAAAGAGAGGCUACAGCGUCGUUAUGGGCGACAGGGCCUGGAAAAGGGCACUGGGUUGGGGCAGGGCGACGAAGUUGGGGCCGGAUUAUCAUCCGGAGAGGAGGAUGAAGGCGGAGCUCACACUGCCCCACCCACACUGGCUGCAUCAUGGCCGCAAAACAGACAGGAGGAGCAGGAAGAGGGAGGAGCUAAGAAGUCUAUCAGUAAAAGAGAGAGGCGUGGCCAAGAUAAACAUCUCUUCCCUUUUGAAAAAAGCAAGUGAACGUGUGUCUCUCUGUGCCACAUUUCAAAUCAAUGCUUAUGCAGCAUUUUCCACUUAAUAAACAAGUUUUGCUCUUCUUUACAAGCAGGUAGUCCAUGCAGAUCUGUGCAACAAGUUCAUCCAUUCAGUUUGGCUUACCUAUUCAGUUAUCCUAAUUAAUUAAAGGUACAAUAGGCAACUUUGUUCUUAAAGGGAACCCAUUUUUUACUGAAUUUGAGAUGUAAACAAAGUAAUUCUAAGUUUUCUUUUUUGUAAAAUGGUGCAUUGUAGAGGAACUUACCAACUCAAAUUUCUUCACAGUAGUGUUGUAGGGAACCAGGGGUCAUGAAAUCUACAGUGCGAAUAUUUUAUUUACCAUCCAAAAUGACCAGUGAACCUACCAGUGUCUACUGAGUUAAUGUAAUGCUAA